CUGUCGGGUACCAUCAUGAACGUCAUUAUUGCCGCCCUCGCGCCCGACCCGCCACCGUCGCCGCUGCUCGACCUGCCCACCGAGCUCAUCGUCCGCAUCCUCGCCCGCCUCCCCUGCCCCGCCCUGCUCGCCUGCAGACUCGCCAACCGAUCCUUCUGCACCCUCAUCGACGCUGACACAAGCCUCCAAUAUACCGUCGAGCUCUAUGCUGCCGGAGCAGUCGACAACCCCGCCUCGCGCCAUGUCCUGGCCGACCGCCUGCGCAUCCUGAAGGAGCGUGAGAGGGCAUGGCACCGCUUGGAGUUUUCUCGCAUCGCGCAGAUUCAGGUGCCACACAACCCCUCGAGCAUAUACGACCUCACCGGCGGGAUGUUCCUGCUCGGCGAGUCCUACUCGCGACUGCUGCCUGCGUGGAGGUCUACGGACGCAACGCGAUCCAUCAAUCUGCGGGCUGCCUUGAAGGCCAACAGUACCGCGGAUGCACUAGACGGCCCAUGGGCACAUAUAGACAUCCACUCGAAGAUCAUGGACGUCGGGAUCGCUGCGCAGGAGCAUGACUUGAUCGCAAUCGUGACCUACUCGUAUACUUUAGCGAACGAAUUACUAGCGGACCUCAGGAUCCACUUGAUCAAACUGUCGAGCGGAGGCCACCAUCCCGCUGCGUCCCAGCCUGUCUUACAGGUCCCGAGGAUGCCGUUUUUCCCCGGCCACUGCAGCGUCUCGAUUGAGAUCGUCGGGGACACGCUCGGCGUCCUCUUCAACUCCUCGCGCCUCUUGAAUGCCCGGGGAGACGCGACGCCCGCCGUUUCGUUCUACGUCUACAACUGGAAAACUGGAAAACUGAAAUUCACACGCACGGCAAACGGGCCUCAUUAUAACGCGUUCUGCUUCCUCUCGCCAGACGUGAUCGUUCUCCCGAACAUCACCGCCCGCUCGCUGGAGCUCUGCUCACUCAGCGUGCCCGAAGGCUCCUCCGAGGACCCGGCGCCGCUGCAGACGCUCUGCAGCCUCGCGCUGCCCCAGAUCACGUCCAGCACGCUCCUGCACCGGAUCUGGUGCCGCGCCGAGCCGAACGCGCUCGCGACGUGCAACGGCACCUUCGCCGACGCGCCGUUCUUCAGCGACCCCGCGCGCGCGGUGAUCAUCUUCAACGUCGUCGCGCAGGAUCUGCUGAACGGCACGCUGCACUACCUGUCCCUCGUCGUCCACCGCUCCUCGCUCCUCGCGCGCCUCGAGCUCGCUCCCCAGCUCUCGCCGGCAUCGUCGCCGGCGAUGCAGCCCCCGCGCGUGGAGUGGGCGGAGUGGGGCCCGCCUGCGUGCGUGUGGCUCGACGGCGACGGGCUCGCGAUCCGCUGGAUCACCGUCACCUGCGGGCAGCGGCUCGUCGUCAUGAGCCGGGAGAGCCCCGCGCCCAUCCUGAUCUACGACUUCAACCCGCGCGCGGUCGCACGCCGGACACACGCGGCUCGUGCGCGGGGACGGCUCGUCCGUGAGUCGGCGCACAGCGACCUGGAGUGCGACGGCGGCGGGGCGAAGACGGUGUUUUUGCGGCGCGCGGCGCUGCUGUCGACGGUGUUCGAGGAGCCGGUGCGGUCGGAGAUGGGGUACAGCGUGACGGAGACGAGGGAGGAGUAUGACUACGAGAGCGUGAUGAUGGACGAGGGGGUUCUGAUCGGGGUGCGGCUGGACACGGAGGCGGACAAUAUCGAGAGUCUGGUGCUGCAUGCGGUCGGGCCUGUGGCGUGAAAUGUAGAUCACUGUGAUGCACCAGUGAAAUGUCAACUCAUUUCUCUACUAGGAAUCAAUAGAACCUUAUGCACUCUCAUCGAGACUACCUGAUCAAGUUCAGAUUCAAAUCCCGCGUGCCAUCGGAUUCGUUGUAC